GAUCUACACGUCUCUUCCCCUUUCCCCCUUUUUUAUGAUGCUCAUGUGCGAUUUCAGCGCCUAUCAUCACGCUCAGUGAGGUUUUUCCCUUUUCCUCCCCUCCUUGCCGCCUCUCAAGCUGUCAAACUCGUCGAAGCAGUCAUCCUUACCUCACUUCGUAUACUUAUUUGAGAUAAUAAUCUAAGUCAGAUCGCUUGACUUGCAUUCACAUGAUGCUGACGGAAACACCAGAGCAAGAGGCAUCCAAGCAUGCAAAGAAUAGUUCUGUACAUCAGGAUUCAUCUAAAGCCAACGAUUCAAACCACUCUACUGCCGCUGAUAACCACGUCCCCACAGCAGGCGCACAUCCUUUGAGAAACUUACCUGGAACAAAGGACGAAAAACUGUACCAGUGGCCACAGCGUUCUCUGGAAUCGAUUGAGUCUGCCUUUGCUUUACGAGAAUAUCUUCAGGCUCUCAUUAGGCAGGAUCCUCACAACUUGGAUUUGUUAAUUGCGCUACCAGCUGGGCAAGAUGAGCAUUCGUGGCUCUACGAGCAUCUUUGUCAGAUCUGCCUUGAAUUAAACUACCUAAUAGUGCACCUUGAACCCGAAUGUACGCCAGAGGCUUGCCCUGAAAUGAGGGCUGAGGAGUGGAAGUAUUUUUGCGCAACGCACCCAACUCCUCGCGAGUGCUGUGCGAUCGAUUAUCUCACUCACACGCUGGAUGGAGCAUCCGCUCUGCUGAAUAAUGUCAAAGUUUUUCCAAGUCGAAUUUGUGUGCCUGAGGGAUCAGUUAAAAACUUCCAAAAUAUUGCACGACGUUUGUACCGCAUAUUUGCUCACGCAUACUUUCAUCAUCGAGAUAUUUUCGACGCUUUUGAGGCAGAGACAUCGCUGUAUGAGAGGUUUUUGAGGCUGUCAAGGACAAGGCAACUGAUUACGGAAAAGCUUAUCAUCAUCCCUGGACAGAGUAAUGAAGAUGAUACCACCCAUGCUAGUACAAAACAGAUCAUGGCACGUUCAAGAGAUGAAUAGUAGAUUCAUUAAGGAGCAUGAUUUUGAUAUUCAUACAGAUUAAUGAUAAUUAUAACCUGGCAAAGCUCGUCAGUGCAUG